AUGGAGAAGUUUCCCGAUUUGAUGCUGAAGAAGAUGCAGUGGAUACUCCGCCCUCACAGACCCAGUCUGAGACAGCCCUCCAAUCAGAGCUGCUUCCGGACAUGUCUGACUCUGCCCAGAACCCCCCCUACAGAGCACAUAGCCCCGCCCCCAUCCACAGUGGACACAGCCGCCCUGAAUGAAGAGCCUUUACCUGAAAAGGCCGUCUCCAAGCCUGGCCGGCCCACACACAUCUGCGCCACAUGUAACAAGCAGUUUAAGAACAACUACAACCUCCGGCGCCAUCAGUCGGUGCACACUGGCAUCAAAAUGAAGGACAGAGCAGCCAGAGAGAGGGAGGACGGGAGCAAGGGAGGAGGAGGGGGGCGGCAAACAAUCCCUCUCUCCCUCCUCCACCUCUCUCUGCCCUCUCAGGCUCCUCCCGCAGUAUCCCUCCCCCAACCCUCCCCACUUGGAAACCAGGAGGGCCAACCUGUUGCGGUGGCCAUCGCCCCAGCGACCGUCACCAUGGUUGCGCCCCAGGUGCUCCAAGCUGCAGUUGUGGUUGCCGGGACAAUGGUACAGAACCAGAACCAGGGGCCUCAACCCUACCCCAACCCUAGCCCCAACCAGGUGAGGAAGAACCAUGCAUGUGAGGCUUGUGGGAAGGCCUUCCGAGAUGUGUACCACCUGAACCGCCACCGGCUUUCCCACUCGGACGAAAAGCCCUACCACUGCCCCAUCUGCCAGCAGCGCUUCAAGAGGAAAGACCGCAUGAGCUACCAUGUACGCUCACACCAAGGAGGGGUGGAGAAACCUUACGUCUGCCCCCACUGCGCCAAGGGAUUCUCACGACCCGACCACCUCAACAGUCACGUCAGACAGGUGCACUCCACUGAGAGACCCUUCAAGUGCCCGACCUGCACGUCUGCCUUCGCCACGCGGGACCGUCUCCGUGCCCACCUGAUUCGCCACGAGGAGAAGGUGCCGUGCCACAUCUGUGGCAAGCUCCUCUCUGCCGCCUACAUCACCGAUCAUAUGAGGGUCCACAACCAAUCACAGCACCACGCCUGCCACCUGUGCAACCGCAGUUUCACUACCCUCACCUAUCUGCGUGUCCACGCUCAGAAACACCACGGCCAGGAGUGGAAGGAGAGCGGAGGGACGCGGGGCAUGUUCGGCGGGGCCGGUGCCGGCGGGGUGCUGCUGUGCCAACUGUGUGGGGUGCAGUGCAAGACACCCACCCAGCUCCAGGGCCACAUGGGCACCCACGCCGUCACCCAGGUCCAGGGCCCCCCCAGCCCCAGCAGUAGCCCCGCGGGGACCGGCACCAUGGCUGUGGCCGUGUCUCUGUCAGGCAGCUCAACCGUGGGCCUGCUGGUCACUGACCGCUCCAGCAUUGCCCCCCAGCCUCUCAGCUAGCAGCCAGGCCCAUUGGAGAGAGGGGGGGGGGUUUAAAGUGGUGCCGUGGAGACUGCAGUUAGAACAGCUUGAAAGAGGAGUGGAUGUGGCUCCGGAGUGAAAUUUCUCUUAAGUACAGAUGUACUGUAGGAUCAGUUUCCCUUCCCCCAAUCCUAACCAUUAAUGGGGAAAAUGAAAUAUUGGCCCAGGAUCAGCAUAUAGGGGCAUUCAUCUCCCAGGGCCCCAUUAGUUUUUUUAAACCUUUAUUUUACUAGGCAAGUCAGUUAACAAAUUCUUAUUUUACAAUGAUGGCCUACCCUGGCCAAACCCUAACCCAUGCAACACUGGGCCAAUUGUGUGCCGCCCUAUGGAACUCCCAAUCACAGCUGGUUGUGAUACAGCCUGGAAUCAAACCAGGGUCAGUAGGACUGAGAUGCAGUGUCUUAGACCGCUGCGCCACUUGGGAGCCCUUUGUAUUUGAUCCUAUUUAAGAUGUUGCUGUUGUUUACGCAACAGUCACUUUAUCAACUGCCAUUGGUGGCCACGAGAGAGAAGAGGAAAGGAGAGAUUGUGGAAUCCCCCUUUUUUUGUAUCAAAUUCUACUGAACGAAAGAGAACGUUUUCCUGUUCAAUAUGAAACUUUUCCAUUCACAUAGAACCCGAACUCCCAUAACAAUGUUUGGGAUUUUACAAAUGCAUUACUAUUUCUUUUCCUUGGAAAUAUUGAUUAUACAGUAUAUGAUCACCCAGACGCAGUAUGAGCUGUGGUCCUACAUUGGCUUUUUGCUUUUUAAGAUGAACAGUACCCCAAGAAAGGACUGUUGCCUUUUCAACAGAAACAUGUCAUCACUAUGUAACUUUACCAUAUCACUUAUCGACAGAUAGCAUCAAAUGGGUAUUUAUUUUGUCUGUAUAUUUGGCCACUGAAUGCUCGUCUUUCUUUGCUUUGUAUGAUCUUGUUGUUAUUAUUCUGGAUGCUCUGAUUUAUAAUUCUCUCAAAGUUGAAUUGGUCUGAAAAGUAUUUGUACUUUUGUGACGCGUUUUUGUGAGAUUGCAUUCUAGACUGUUCAUCUGUUGGUGUAGAAUUUCCUCUGUUAAUGUGACUGUAUUAAAGCGGUAGUAUGUAUAACCUA